CUGCCUUUCACUUAAAUAUCAUGCUCUCUGAAUCAGUUGUCUAAAAUGUUAUACAGCAGUGUGUAUUUUGAAUAAAAUGAAUUAUAAAUUUAACAAUGUGUAACGAUUAUAGUCGGUUUAUACCAAAGUUAUUGUGUGUUUAUUUAAGUUUAUUGAACGUUUUAGGAACAAACGCCUUCGUACUCCGUGCAUACAUAUCACAACACGGUCUUCAUGGAGAGAUUGAGUUCUCCCAGAAAAAUGAAAGCCUCAUCAGUAUUAGAACUAACCUCAAACCUACUCUGCAAUAUCCAGACGGAGUGUGGAGAUGGACCAUACACGAAUUCCCAGUAGAUUAUAGAGACAUAUCUAACGAAAGAUGCUCAGAAACCAAUCUGGGGAAAGAGCUUAUCGAUCUAACCGAAGAACUAGGAUACCUUGUUAUACCUGGUAAAGAUCACGCUGAAUUCGAAAGCAAGAACUCCCUUAUCGGUCCCAAUGGGCUGUGGGGAAAAAGUAUUGUAUUAGAGACUGCAGAACGAGACAGAGUGAUUUGCGCUUCAAUAUUUAGUACUGAAAAUUUGUAUGAACAACACGCGUUUGCGAAAUUCACAGCACCCAUAGCUGGGACCCUGCAUUUUAGGUGGAUCUCUUCAAAGGAGUACGAUGACACCGAUUCAUAUAUCCACGCUGAUUUGUAUCAUGCAAAAGCUAUUAACGAAAAGGAGUACACUAAGCAUAAGUGGAAAUUAUUUGUGACUGAUAUAUUCGAUGCGGACAAAGGCAAUCAUGAAGACAAUUGCGAUGUCUUGCAAGCAGUUUUCGAUCCAGAGAAUAGUGGUGAUGGAAUGACUGUUGGCGAUUUGGAUAGCAGAUUGGGGUUAAUCAAAGUUUCCUCUGAUCCAAAUGUGCAGAGGACAAAGAAGCUGUAUAAAGACGAAGUCCUGAAUAUUCUUAGGAGUGAUAUGGAAAUAACGAAACGGAGUUUGUAUGUUGUGAUUUAUGACAAUCGGCACACUGAUAGCUUUUUGGCGUGCGCUAAAUUGAGGACGAUGCUUCCUAAGAGCACUAAGGCGAUGAUAAACAUGGACGGCAUCAGAGGCGUUGUAGAAUUCUCUCAAAGAUCUCCGUUCGAUCCAACUUGGGCCAACUUUCAAUUAGGAGCCUCUGAUCAAGAAUACGAGUCGAACCUUCGUUUCGUCAGCGCCAUAACACAAUAUAGCAUUAGGGAACUGCCCCCGAAACUGUAUGAAGCAAAAUAUUGGGAAACAAUGUGCAAUACUACUGGAGGAAUUUACAAUCCGAAUAACGUUGAUAUGAAUAAUGUUCCACCUGCAGGUUUAAGCACACAGGAUCACUACGCUAUCGGUGAUCUGCUAGGUAAAUACAAGGAUAGGACCGAGUACUUAAAUCAUAAGUAUCUGCUGCCUGGACUAGCUAAUGAGUUAAGCGGAUCUUACUGGGAUGUUUUUCUACCUCUUAGUGGAAAGAACAGUGUGAUGCAUAGAGCUGUUGUUGUCACAAGGCGACCACCUAAACGAGAGCUCUGCGCUACCAUCCACUCCUACGAAUAUGGCACGGAAUAUCAGACCCAAAUGAGUUCAGCUCAGGUGGUCUUCCGGUACCCGAUUGUCAGCAGGGUCAUUUUUAGGCAACCACUUGAGAGGCCAUGGGAAGAUACGACUGUUAUUGUUGAGAGUAUGAUCCACGCUGACGGUGCCAAUGUGAACAACACUCAUGAACACCGCUGGGCGAUCCAUGAGUACCCUCCCGGUAAAGAUUAUUACAACUGGACUGCUAGGUGCUUGAGCGCGGGCAAGAUGUAUGAUCCGCAUGGAGUCGAUACGGAUACAAGGCACCCUGAACAGUACUGCAAAGUUGGUAUGGAAGGACUGUGCAGAGUUGGCGACUUUACAACGAGACAUGGGUUACUAUCUGUGGCUGGACGCAAACGAGACAGCGAGAGGCUAACUAGACGACUAUUCACAGACACUGUAGUAGGAUUGGCGGGAAAAUUUUCCAUUUUGAGAAAAUCUUUAGUUAUUUAUGAUGAUCAUGGUCCAGUUGCGAGAGGAGAAAGGAUGGCGUGUGCUAUGGUGAACGGUCUCCACCGGCGUAAAGCUGUUAUCCGAGAUUGGUUCGGCAAUGGAGACACUAUCUCGCUUGCUGGGAAGUUCGAGUUGACCCAGCAGUCGGAAUAUGACAUUACUAACGUUCAGCUCUCGUUGGAAAACCUUCCUGAUGACGUCAACAACUAUAAGAUACAUCUCACACCAAUAGAGAAGGAGCUUGAGUUUCCUUGUGAGAAGACGACUAUUUACGACACUUAUAACCCAUUUAAUGUCAAUAAAUCGCUGAGUCCGCCUCCCACAAAAGGUACCGCUGAUCAGUACGAGCUAGGUGAUUUGGGUGCUAAGUAUGGUUUGAUGGAUGACCUAAAGAAGUUCACGGCUGUUUACAAUGAAACUCAGUUGUCUUUAUUUGGAGCUUAUAGCAUAUUGGGACGUUCUGUUGCUAUUCAUAAAGUUGCCCGUGACCGUCGCUGGGCCUGCUCCUCCAUAGAGCGAGGCUACAGUCCUUCAGAAGCGCGCGAGAUCCGUGCGAUAGCCUCCUUCCACCACCCGGGCGGGUUUGCUCACGGGUACAUUCGGUUCACACAGCUGGUGCAUAACGAUGGAAGCACCAGUGACACCACUGUCGAGGUGAAGUUACGACACCCGGGGUUGUAUGAUAGGAAUCUGACACACCACCAUCGAUGGGAGAUAUUCGUGAACCCAGUGGGUGUGGAUGCUGCAGUGAAGGUCACCAACACGCGCUGCGUGGCGGGUGGCUACCGGUGGAACCCUUACUUUACCCAGCUUGCUGAUCCGCUUAACCAUGAUUUAUAUAGUCAAGAGUGCGGUGCUGAUAAUCCACUAAGAUGUGACGUUGGGGACUUGACAGCAAGACUUGGGACCAUCAGUAUUGGAGGAGAUCGUCAAAUGUUCAUGGACAGUAACUUCCCCCUAGAAGGCACUGUGUCAGCGAUGGGCAGAUCUAUCGUCAUACUCGGUCCAGAGAGAAGUAGCGAGAAAUUCGCGUGUGCUAACAUCCAACCAGACAAGGAUAUCAUCAAAUACGUUAAUAUUAUGAAGCCGCCGCGAUUUGUCCUGGGCCAGUUCCUGCAAGAGAUCCGCAAAGUAAUGGGCGUGCCGGAGUGGAUGGUGGGUGUGGACUCCCGUAAGACGAGGAUCCUGCACGGCGGCGCCUGCAUACAGAUACUGCUGCACUUCCAGGGGCCUGAUGCUAACCGAUUGGAACUGGAUUUCACCAGGCUAUUAGCGUCUGGUCGUUUGGACUCUCCCAGUAUAUUCAUACCAGGCUACGUGGACACGAAACGGAAAAGGACCGUCUCGUAUCGGCAGUGUGGCGUCACCGAUCCCAAUGAAAAACAGAAGCAGAGUGACGCUAAUUUAGAGGGCCCGUUCCUUUUCUUUGGCCCGAAAUCUCUGGAAAAGUUCAAAAGGCCAGCUUUAAAAUUCCUGGAUCAAGAUGAUUUGAUGAAGAUAUAUAGCGAACAAGCGGCUAUCGUGGUCUUCAAUAACCAGGACUCCUCGACCCUCUCGAAUGGCAAAUUCCCGAGGCUGCGGAAGAUGCUGGAAGGUCAAACUGUACUGGUCUUACCUCAAGACUUUUUGGAUGUUCACCCAGAUUAUAUAAGUAAUGAGACACAGGUACUUACAUUGCAAGGACCUUUGUCGGAAAGAGAUGCCCAAAUGACAGAAACUUUUGACAGACUCCAAGACAUUUACGGCGAAGGUCGGGUUUUGGGAGUAUUAGGUAAUUCAGUAUCCCAGUCGCAGCCAGUGGACUACGAUAGCGAGUGGUCCAGAGUUCGACGUCAGGCUGAAGAUGCUUCAACCACGGUAACACCUACCACUGAAGAAGAAAAACCUGCGAAGAAUCUUCCCAAAUAUGCAUUGUAUAAUGCUACUGGACCACCUGGAAAAGCUGCGCUGCUAUUUUCUACUGGGUGGCCGGAGCUGCGCUGGGAAGAUGGCACCACGACAGUGCUGGACACCCCGGUCGGAGAGCCCACUGUCAAACCAACUAGGCUGUAUACCAUACUGGUGGUGCGAUUCGCUGAUGGGGAUAACACGAGAGAUAAAAUAACUCUGGAAUUCAGUUUCAAGCAAUCUGGUGGCUGGUGGACAGCCGUGGGGGUGGAGGUUAAGCGCGGUCUUGCCACCAUGGGUCUGAACCUGCAAGCCCCUGCGCCACCUGAUGCACCGUCAGCAGUUCUUGGCAAAGCAUACCACUGCUCAUUGCCUUUGGUUUACGCUUCAGAAGAGGCGUCUUUGACCUUCCCAAAUAUACAGAUGCAGCCAUUUAUGGAGAGCACGGAGAAAUUUUCGGAUGCUUUUGACUGCAUUGGCUUUACAACUGUGCCUAUAUGGUCUGGUUUGAUGGUGACGUUCAUCAUGCUACUCGGUUUGUCUAUCUCCAUCACAAUGAUAAUGGACAUUAAGACAAUGGACAAAUUUGAAACGACCAGAAGCAAGCAGCUGACGAUCACCGUUUCUGAAUAAAUAAAUUUCAAUUAAUAAUCUCUUAGUUAUA